GCCGCCGCCGCCGCCGCCGUCGCUCGGGAGGAGCUCUCGCUUCCUUGUCACCGGGUCCCCGCGGAGGAAGGGGAGGGACGAGACGCGGCUUUUCCUGUGCAGCCUGCCUGGCUCGACCUGCGCGGCCUGCGGCUUCCUGGGAACUCGAAGGCCGCGGCCGGGCCUGGCUCCGCCCGCGGCCUGCUUGUUGGAGCUGGACCGGAGCUGUUUGGGACGCCGAGCCGGGGCAAGGAGGCAUUUCAAAGACCAUGGCAGAUGUGGAUCCCGAUACGUUGCUGGAGUGGCUGCAGAUGGGGCAGGGAGAUGAAAGGGACAUGCAGCUGAUAGCCCUGGAACAGCUCUGCAUGCUGCUUUUGAUGUCCGACAACGUGGAUCGGUGUUUUGAAACAUGUCCCCCUCGCACUUUCCUACCAGCUCUCUGCAAAAUCUUUCUUGAUGAGAGUGCCCCAGACAAUGUGUUAGAGGUGACAGCCCGAGCCAUAACAUACUACCUGGAUGUGUCUGCAGAAUGCACCCGAAGGAUUGUAGGAGUAGACGGAGCUAUAAAAGCACUUUGUAAUCGUUUGGUGGUGGUUGAACUUAACAACAGGACCAGCCGAGAUUUAGCUGAGCAAUGUGUAAAGGUGUUGGAACUGGUAUGCACUCGUGAGUCAGGAGCGGUCUUUGAGGCUGGGGGUUUGAAUUGUGUUCUUACCUUCAUUCGUGACAGCGGACACCUGGUUCACAAAGACACCCUACACUCUGCCAUGGCUGUGGUCUCCAGACUCUGCGGCAAAAUGGAACCUCAGGAUUCUUCUUUAGAAAUUUGUGUAGAGUCUCUGUCUAGUUUGUUAAAACAUGAAGACCAUCAGGUUUCAGAUGGAGCUCUGCGCUGUUUUGCAUCACUAGCUGACCGGUUUACUCGUCGUGGAGUGGAUCCUGCUCCCUUGGCCAAGCAUGGGUUAACUGAAGAGCUGUUGUCACGAAUGGCAGCUGCUGGUGGUGCUGUGUCAGGACCAUCUUCAGCAUGUAAACCAGGCCGCAGCACCACGGGAGCCCCCUCUACAACUGCAGAUUCCAAGUUGAGUAACCAGGUGUCGACGAUUGUCAGUCUUCUCUCAACACUUUGCAGAGGCUCUCCCCUAGUCACACACGAUCUUCUGAGAUCAGAGCUUCCAGAUUCAAUUGAAAGUGCAUUGCAGGGUGAUGAAAGAUGUGUGCUUGAUACCAUGCGUUUGGUUGACCUCCUCUUGGUGCUAUUAUUUGAAGGACGAAAGGCCUUGCCCAAAUCUAGUGCUGGAUCUACGGGCAGAAUCCCAGGACUACGGAGAUUGGAUAGUUCUGGGGAACGCUCUCAUCGGCAGCUUAUAGACUGUAUUCGGAGUAAAGAUACUGAUGCACUCAUAGAUGCAAUUGACACAGGAGCUUUUGAAGUAAAUUUUAUGGAUGAUGUGGGUCAGACUCUGUUAAACUGGGCCUCUGCGUUUGGAACUCAGGAAAUGGUAGAAUUUCUUUGUGAGAGAGGUGCUGAUGUUAAUAGAGGCCAAAGGUCAUCAUCAUUACACUAUGCUGCGUGUUUUGGAAGACCUCAAGUAGCAAAGACUCUUUUACGGCAUGGUGCAAAUCCGGAUCUAAGAGAUGAAGAUGGUAAAACACCAUUGGAUAAAGCUCGAGAGAGAGGCCACAGUGAAGUAGUAGCUAUCCUGCAGUCUCCAGGUGAUUGGAUGUGUCCAGUCAAUAAAGGGGAUGACAAGAAAAAGAAAGACACAAGUAAAGAUGAAGAAGAAUGUAAUGAGCCCAGAGGAGACCCAGAAAUGGCACCAAUAUACUUGAAGAGGUUAUUACCUGUGUUUGCACAGACGUUCCAGCAGACUAUGUUGCCUUCAAUAAGGAAAGCCAGUCUUGCUCUAAUUCGAAAAAUGAUUCAUUUUUGCUCUGAAGCACUGCUAAAAGAAGUCUGCGAUUCUGAUGUUGGUCACAAUUUGCCCACAACACUAGUGGAAAUCACUGCAACUGUGCUUGAUCAAGAGGAUGACGAUGACGGCCAUUUGCUAGCUUUACAGAUCAUAAGGGAUUUGGUUGAUAAAGGUGGUGAUAUAUUUUUAGAUCAGCUGGCCAGGCUCGGUGUAAUUAGCAAAGUAUCAGCUUUGGCAGGCCCUUCUUCUGAUGAUGAGAACGAAGAGGAAUCGAAACCAGAAAAAGAAGAUGAACCGCAGGAAGAUGCUAAAGAAUUGCAGCAAGGUAAACCAUACCACUGGAGAGACUGGUCAAUAAUCAGGGGAAGGGACUGCUUAUACAUUUGGAGUGAUGCUGCAGCUUUGGAGCUAUCUAAUGGCAGUAAUGGAUGGUUCAGAUUCAUCCUGGAUGGAAAACUGGCCACCAUGUAUUCAAGCGGCAGUCCUGAAGGUGGAUCGGAUAGUUCAGAAAGCAGAAGUGAAUUCUUAGAGAAGUUACAAAGAGCCCGAGGCCAAGUGAAGCCAUCUACUUCAAGUCAGCCUAUACUGUCAGCACCAGGGCCCACCAAACUCAGCGUAGGGAACUGGUCAGUGACAUGUUUGAAGGAAGGAGAAAUUGCUAUUCAUAACUCUGAUGGUCAGCAAGCUACAAUACUAAAAGAAGAUUUGCCUGGUUUUGUGUUUGAAUCUAACAGAGGAACUAAACAUUCAUUUACUGCAGAAACGUCUCUGGGUUCAGAGUUUGUGACUGGCUGGACUGGCAAAAGAGGCAGAAAAUUAAAAUCCAAGCUGGAAAAAACAAAGCAAAAGGUACGAACUAUGGCUCGAGAUUUGUAUGAUGACCACUUUAAAGCUGUUGAAAGCAUGCCUCGUGGAGUAGUGGUAACACUUAGAAAUAUAGCAACACAGUUAGAAUCAUCUUGGGAGCUUCAUACAAAUAGACAUUGUAUUGAAGGUGAAAACACUUGGCGAGAUUUAAUGAAGACAGCUUUAGAAAACCUAAUUGUACUUCUGAAGGAUGAGAACACAAUUUCACCAUACGAAAUGUGUAGUAGUGGUUUAGUCCAGGCUCUUCUUACUGUUUUAAAUAAUAGCAUAGAUUUGGAUAUGAAGCAAGAUUGUAGUCAACUGGUAGAAAGAAUAAAUGUCUUCAAAACAGCCUUUAGUGAAAGUGAAGACGAUGAAAGCAGACCCGCAGUUGCAUUAAUUCGAAAGUUAAUAGCUGUACUAGAAUCUAUUGAACGACUACCUCUCCAUUUGUAUGACACACCAGGAUCCACAUAUAACCUCCAGAUACUCACAAGAAGAUUACGCUUUCGGCUGGAACGUGCCCCUGGUGAGACUGCGUUGAUAGAUCGGACUGGCAGAAUGCUGAAGAUGGAGCCCUUGGCUACAGUUGAGUCUCUGGAACAGUAUCUGCUGAAAAUGGUAGCAAAGCAGUGGUAUGAUUUUGACCGAUCCUCAUUUGUUUUUGUUCGAAAAUUAAGAGAAGGCCAAAAUUUUAUAUUUCGACACCAGCAUGAUUUUGAUGAAAAUGGAAUCAUUUACUGGAUUGGGACAAAUGCAAAAACUGCGUAUGAAUGGGUAAAUCCUGCCGCGUAUGGACUUGUGGUAGUAACGUCAUCAGAGGGAAGAAACCUGCCAUAUGGUCGCUUGGAAGACAUACUGAGUCGUGACAAUUCUGCUUUAAACUGUCACAGCAACGAUGACAAGAAUGCCUGGUUUGCCAUAGAUCUAGGUGUCUGGGUAAUACCAUCGGCAUACACACUGCGCCAUGCUCGUGGCUAUGGAAGGUCUGCACUGAGAAAUUGGGUUUUCCAGGUAUCCAAAGAUGGACAGAACUGGACUUCUCUGUAUACCCAUGUUGAUGACUGCAGUCUCAAUGAACCAGGAUCAACUGCAACUUGGCCACUUGACCCAGCGAAGGAUGAGAAACAGGGGUGGCGCCACGUGCGGAUCAAACAGAUGGGGAAGAAUGCCAGUGGACAGACACACUACCUCUCGCUCUCUGGAUUCGAGCUCUAUGGCACUGUCAACGGCGUAUGUGAAGACCAGCUAGGGAAAGCAGCUAAAGAAGCAGAAGCAAAUCUUAGAAGGCAGAGGCGCCUCGUGCGCUCCCAAGUCCUCAGGUACAUGGUUCCCGGAGCACGUGUUAUCAGAGGCCUUGACUGGAAGUGGCGAGAUCAGGACGGCAGCCCUCAGGGAGAAGGCACUGUCACAGGGGAGCUGCACAAUGGCUGGAUUGAUGUCACCUGGGAUGCUGGUGGCUCAAACUCUUACCGUAUGGGCGCAGAAGGAAAAUUUGACCUCAAGCUUGCACCAGGGUACGACCCUGAUACAGUGGCAUCACCCAAACCUGUUUCAUCCACUGUUUCAGGCACAACGCAAUCAUGGAGCAGCUUGGUGAAAAACAACUGUCCAGACAAGACGUCUGCUGCUGCAGGCUCCUCAAGUAGAAAAGGAAGCAGCAGUUCUGUGUGUAGCGUGGCCAGUAGCAGCGACAUCAGCUUGGGUUCGACCAAAACGGAACGGAGAUCAGAAAUUGUAAUGGAACACAGUAUAGUUUCAGGAGCUGAUAUACUUGAACCAAUUGUUGUUCUUUCAUCUGCUGAAAACGUCCCUCAAACAGAAGUAGGGUCAUCUUCCAGUGCAAGCACCAGCACCCUAACAGCGGAAACGGGAAGUGAAAAUGCGGAGAGGAAGCUAGGCACUGAUAGUUCUGUCCGAGCUCCUGGGGAGUCUAGUGCAAUAUCCAUGGGGAUUGUCAGUGUUAGCUCUCCUGAUGUUAGUUCAGUAUCUGAAUUAACUAACAAGGAAGCAGCUUCACAGCGCCCCCUUAGUUCUUCAGCAAGUAACAGACUGUCAGUGAGUUCCUUGUUGGCUGCUGGGGCCCCUAUGAGCUCCAGUGCAAGUGUACCUAACUUGUCCUCGAGAGAAACGUCUAGCCUGGAGAGUUUUGUAAGGAGAGUGGCAAACAUAGCGCGGACUAAUGCCACGAACAACAUGAACCUAAGCCGGAGCAGCAGUGAUAACAACACUAAUACCCUGGGGAGGAAUGUGAUGAGCACCGCAACUUCUCCUCUUAUGGGUGCUCAGAGUUUCCCUAACUUGACCACACCCGGUACUACAUCCACAGUGACAAUGUCAACAUCCAGUGUUACUAGCAGCAGCAAUGUAGCUACGGCGACAACAGUUUUAUCAGUGGGUCAAUCAUUAAGUAAUACUUUAACCACCAGCCUCACAUCAACCUCUAGUGAGAGUGACACGGGUCAGGAGGCUGAGUAUUCCUUAUAUGAUUUUCUUGAUAGCUGUCGUGCCAGUACUCUCUUAGCUGAGCUAGAUGAUGAUGAGGAUUUGCCCGAGCCCGAUGAGGAAGAUGAUGAGAAUGAAGAUGACAAUCAGGAGGACCAAGAAUACGAGGAGGUUAUGAUUCUGAGACGUCCAUCCCUGCAGCGUCGAGCUGGCUCCCGCUCAGAUGUGACACACCACGCUGUCACCUCACAGCUGCCACAGGUUCCUUCUGGAGCAGGCAGCCGACCUAUCGGGGAGCAGGAGGAAGAGGAAUAUGAAACCAAGGGAGGACGCCGUAGGACCUGGGAUGACGACUACGUGCUAAAGCGGCAGUUUUCUGCCUUGGUUCCUGCUUUUGAUCCUAGACCAGGUCGUACGAAUGUCCAGCAGACAACUGACCUGGAGAUUCCUCCCCCAGGAACACCGCACUCGGAGCUCUUGGAAGAAGUUGAAUGCACUCCAUCCCCUCGAUUGGCUCUCACACUGAAAGUAACUGGGCUUGGAACAACUCGGGAAGUUGAAUUGCCACUUACCAAUUUCAGAUCAACCAUCUUUUAUUAUGUACAGAAAUUGCUUCAGCUGUCUUGCAAUGGCAAUGUGAAGUCAGAUAAACUUAGGCGUAUUUGGGAGCCCACUUACACAAUCAUGUAUAGAGAAAUGAAGGAUUCUGAUAAAGAAAAAGAAAAUGGGAAAAUGGGCUGCUGGUCUAUAGAGCAUGUGGAACAGUACCUUGGCACUGAUGAACUACCAAAGAAUGAUCUGAUAACCUACCUGCAGAAGAACGCAGACGCCGCUUUCCUGCGCCACUGGAAAUUAACCGGCACUAAUAAAAGUAUUAGGAAAAACAGAAACUGUUCUCAGCUUAUAGCCGCAUAUAAGGAUUUUUGCGAGCAUGGAACAAAGUCUGGAUUAAACCAGGGGGCAAUUUCUACUCUUCAAAGUAGCAACAUUCUUAAUCUGACAAAAGAGCAGCCUCAGGCAAAAGCUGGCAACGGCCAGAACUCAUGUGGAGUGGAAGAUGUCCUUCAGCUCCUGCGCAUUCUGUAUAUAGUUGCCAGUGACCCUUACUCCAGAAUAUCCCAAGAAGAUGGUGAUGAGCAGCCUCAGUUUACUUUUCCACCUGAUGAAUUUACUAGUAAAAAAAUCACCACAAAAAUCUUACAGCAGAUUGAGGAACCAUUGGCUUUGGCGAGUGGGGCUCUGCCAGACUGGUGUGAACAGUUAACCAGCAAGUGUCCUUUCUUGAUUCCAUUUGAAACUAGACAGCUUUAUUUCACCUGUACAGCAUUUGGUGCAUCCAGGUACAGCUGGCAGUACUUACUGCAGGAUGAUGCUGUGGGCAUUUCUGGGUCUUACCCCAUUUACACAGUGACCUGUCAUGGAUGUGACCAUCACAGACGUAUGGCUACAUCAGAUGUCGUUGAAUUUUUAGGAGAAGAAGGAACUGGCUUGGGACCCACUUUGGAGUUUUAUGCACUUGUGGCAGCCGAAUUCCAGAGGACUGACUUGGGGACGUGGCUGUGUGAUGACAACUUCCCGGAUGACGAGUCUCGUCAUGUUGAUCUUGGAGGUGGGUUGAAGCCUCCUGGAUACUACGUGCAGCGGUCCUGUGGGCUGUUCACAGCACCAUUCCCACAGGACAGUGACGAGCUGGAAAGGAUCACAAAGCUCUUCCAUUUCCUUGGCAUUUUCUUAGCCAAAUGUAUUCAAGACAAUAGACUGGUGGACUUGCCUAUUUCUAAGCCUUUCUUUAAACUUAUGUGCAUGGGGGACAUUAAAAGCAAUAUGAGCAAACUGAUCUAUGAAUCACGAGGCGACAGAGACUUGCACUGUACAGAAAGUCAGUCGGAAGCGUCCACAGAAGAAGGUCAUGACUCUCUCUCAGUAGGAAGCUUUGAAGAGGACUCAAAGUCAGAAUUUAUCCUCGAUCCCCCUAAACCCAAACCCCCAGCUUGGUUUAAUGGAAUUUUGACUUGGGAAGAUUUUGAACUAGUAAAUCCGCAUAGGGCCAGAUUUUUAAAAGAAAUUAAAGACCUUGCUAUCAAGAGGCGCCAAAUUUUAGGCAAUAAAAAUCUUUCUGAAGAUGAGAAGAACACAAAGUUACAGGAAUUAGUGCUCAAGAAUCCAUCAGGUUCUGGACCUCCACUUAGCAUCGAGGAUUUAGGUUUAAAUUUCCAGUUCUGCCCUUCUUCAAGAAUAUACGGCUUCACAGCUGUGGAUCUCAAGCCAAGCGGGGAAGAUGAGAUGAUAACAGUGGAUAAUGCAGAAGAAUAUGUGGAUCUGAUGUUUGACUUCUGUAUGCAUACGGGUAUUCAGAAACAGAUGGAAGCCUUCCGAGAUGGGUUUAAUAAAGUUUUUCCAAUGGAGAAACUAAGUUCCUUCAGCCAUGAGGAAGUCCAGAUGAUUCUCUGUGGAAAUCAGUCUCCAUCCUGGGCCGCCGAGGACAUCAUCAAUUACACUGAACCCAAGCUUGGCUAUACACGUGACAGUCCUGGUUUCCUCAGGUUCGUCAGGGUUUUGUGUGGCAUGUCCUCAGACGAAAGGAAAGCAUUCCUGCAGUUUACCACUGGCUGCUCAACUCUGCCCCCGGGUGGACUGGCCAACCUGCACCCCAGGCUCACAGUCGUGCGAAAGGUUGACGCUACUGAUGCAAGCUAUCCGUCAGUCAAUACUUGUGUCCAUUAUCUGAAGUUACCUGAAUAUUCUUCUGAGGAGAUCAUGAGGGAGCGCUUGCUAGCUGCUACAAUGGAGAAAGGCUUUCAUCUCAAUUGAGGUUUGGGAUGCAGAAGGAGACAGCAGAGACGGGGCUGAGAGCAGCCUCUUGCUUUGUUCGUGGAGAAGUGUGGUCCUCACACUAAUGACGUUUGCCUUGUUUUCUACCAGGAAGGCUUGAGAACACCUGGAAUAGGUUCCUUAGCUGCUAAUGACAAAGUAAAUCCCUUCCUACCCAGCCAGCAGGUCCCAGCACAGGCACUGUGCUGCUUUUCAAGGGCUCACGGGACUGGGAAGGUGGUUCUGCCUAACUGUGUACCAAGUGUCAGCGUUUCAUACUCCAUACACUACAGUUGCCGUCACUGAUCCCCGUUUGCUGGCUUCUUAGCUACUUGGUCAAAAUCCUGCUUCCUUAAAACAUAGAGUGUUAAUGGGCAUCUCGAGCUUUUUCUUUUCCUUUUUAUGCUGCCUGCACUACCAGAGUGUUCUAGUGUUCUCUGUUGUCCAGCCCAGAAUCAUGCACAGCCUUUUAGUUCUUUGAGGUGGGAGUUCAUUUUUUCCUAAAUACCAUCUUAAAAAAGAUGGAAUUCUGAAGUGUGUUUGUGCAGCUCAAAAAUAAAGCUAUAGUAACGGAGGGAAACACUGGUCUCGGUGCAAGGCACACUCGCAGCAACGUUUAUGUUUGGUUGUCUUUUCUUUGUAUAUUAUAAACAUUUAUUUAACUUGUUGCAGUUGGACGUGAGUUUCUGAAAUGUAUGCUCAACAAUAAUCAUUAAAGUGUUUGCAGCAUAGAAAA